AUGAGACAGCGAAUAGGCGUGGAACUCAGUUGUCUUCGUCGCAUCCUGAGGCUAAAGUGGCAGGAUCGAAUCCCCGACACUGAUGUGCUGGAACGGACCGGAAUCCUCAGCAUCUACGCCAUACUGAGGCCAAUUCAGCUGCGCUGGAGCGGCCACCUGGUGCGCAUGGACGACGAGCGACUACCAAGCGACUCUUAUACGGAGACGUCGCGACGGGUUCUCGCCGUCAAGGAGGCCAGAUUCGCCGUUACAAGGAUACCCUGA